AUGCGAUUACAAUUAAGCGGAGUCUCACUCCUCCUUUCUGCUGCUUUAUCAAGCGUCGCAUCCGCAUCCAGUUUCGACUGCGCGCACAUCGAGAUCAACAAUUACAAAUACGAUCUCAGUCCCCUAAAGGGCGUCCAUGAAGUGACUCACAGCGUGACGACAGACAAUUUUGUGACGAAUACAACCUACCGAUUGAACAUUUGUAAUAUCCUCGAUGGUGCAGCCCGAUUCGGCGACGCGACGUGCGAAGCUAGCAAAAAUGUCUGCGGAUUCGUACACCGAUCCGCAAAAGACGGAAACGGCCGCUCCACGUUCGGCUUCCCGAUCGUCGGUCUCGAUCCCGCGGGCCAAGGAUCAACGAACCCCGAGAUGAAGCGAUUGAAGGAAAUCGACCCGGAGACUGAGGGACUCCGCAUCAGACUGGAAGGCGGCUCAUACAAGGGAGAUACAAAUGACCAGAAGGCCAAGAAGGCAGCUGCUAUCAUCGAGUUCCAAUGCGACCACGAGCGAUCGGGAUUGGAGGGUCUGCGCUCGCUCGCCGAUGACCUGGAAACAAAAGAGCGCCGACGGAGAGCAGAGGGUGAAGGCGAUGGUGCUGUGCCGGCGGGCAACAGCAGCAGUCUGCAGUUCAAGAGCUUUGGCCCGUCGGACGAUGAUACCUAUAUCCUGGGACUGGACUGGCGCACAAAGUACGCCUGCGACGAGUACGAGAAAGAGAAGGGUGAUGCGCCCAGCUCUAACAGCUGGGGUUUCUUCACCUGGUUGAUCAUCAUUGCCUUCCUCUGCAUCGCCGCCUACCUCAUCUUCGGUUCCUGGCUCAACUACAACCGCUACGGCGCCCGUGGUUGGGACCUCCUCCCGCACAGCGACACCAUCCGCGAGCUCCCAUACCUCUUCCAGGACUGGAUCCGCCGUGUGAUCAAUUCCCUUCAAGGAGCGGGUUCCCGGGGUGGCUACAGUGCGGUAUGA